AGCUUUCCUAAACAUGUUAAUGUUAGAUACAAAGCAAAUUUCUUCCCAAGCUUUCUUUUUCAAAUAUGUAACACCUGCAUCCUAUGGCUAUGAACACCAGCGAAAAGUCAGUUCAACACUAAACUUUCUUUUGGCACUGUUCUAGGUUGGUAUAUUCACUUACAGUGUUCGUGUUGCUUAUAAUUUGAUCCAAAUGGACGAAAGAUUUUCGUCGUAUUUUCAAUAGUCUCGUUUGUCUAUUUCUUGACCUGAAAUAACAAAAAGAAAAAAGCAAAACAAGAUGGUCUCUUUGUAUAGUCGGUUGGACGGUCUGGGCUGGGUCGGGAAGGACUUCAGGCUGUCAGAGCGGCAAUUAGACUACUCUGAAGGUGUCAUCGAGCUGCAGGACGUUGAGCGUGUGUCGCGUCUGUCAGAACGGGAAUUCUCUGUAGUGGUGCCAGGGCGGGACUUCCUGAUUCGUGCCAGAGACGCAGAAGAAUGCACACAGUGGAUUGAGGGCAUCCGUGAGAAUUUCUUGAGACUGUGCGGCUCAGAGCUGCCACCAGUGGUUUCUUUGACCGAGGAUCGAGGAAAUGCUGGAGGAAAGAGCGAGCGGGCCAGUGGAAAGGCGAAUCUUGCCGGGAUGAACAAGAACCCGAUGCUCUCGUACGGUGGUGUAGCGGCGAGGGGCGCGGACAAAGAUGCUGCAGCACAGAUGGCAGAGAGUUUAGAGCUCUCGCCUUCUGCGAAGGAUUAUCUGCUACGGAGCGGUAUCGUCUCAGGGUGCCUAGUGGAUGCGGUAGAGCUUUUAGCUAAGGAGGGCGCACUUUGCGAUGGAGCAGCUUCCAGCCAGAUUCAGUUUUUGACGAAGUUCCUCGCCCAGAAAGCCGAGCGGGAGCUGAUCGAGGAGCGGGAAAACAAUAUUGAUGACCAGAGGACGGCACCGGAGUACGACGAUGAUAACUGGAAGUGGUACAUUUUCACAGCCGAACGACGCGUGGAUGCCACAAAGAUCCCGAAAAUCGAAAUUCCGAAUACCGCUUCGAUGCGAGAUAUUUUCAAGUUCACGAGCUUUCUUCCGCACGCAAUCUUGGACGCAAUCAACGAGGGAAGAAUCGUGAACAACCAGAUCGACAUGACGCCAGGCAAGCCGAUGAUGAAUCCGGUGGUGAACACCCGCAGCGCGUGUCUGGUCUUCAUCGACGCGAGUGGCUUCACGGCGAUGACGGAAAAGCUGGCGAAGCAGACACGCGGUGCGGAAGAACUGGGAGGCUUCUUGAAUACGUUUUUCGGAAAGUUGAUUGACAUUGUGGACGGAUGGGGCGGCGACAUCAUCAAGUUCUCCGGUGAUGCAGUCACCGUGCUUUUUCCCGCGGACACGGAGGAAAGCGCCCUGCACGCUCCGAUCCAGGCCGCGUGCUGCUGCCAGACUAUCCACGAGAAGCUUUCGUACUAUCCUACGCCCGCAGAGGGUGUCUUCUUUUCCUUCCACAUCGGCGUAGGUUAUGGCGAGUGCACGCUGAUGCAAGUCGGAGGCGUCCUGGGUCGAUUUGAGUACUGCGCAACGGGUCCGGCGUUCCCUCAAAUCGCGAUCGCUGAGCCUAUUGCCGUGUCAACGCAAACCUGCGGUAGCCCUGAAUUCCUUGUGCAGUUCGAUAAAAGUCUCAAGAUCCUUGGCGCUAAGGAGAGCGCGCCGCGAGCAGCGACCUCCACUCCAGGCUACAUGAUCAUGGGGAAGAUGACGGACAUGGAUAGAUUUCGACCGAAGCACGCGUACAAAGCCUUUAUCUUUACUUGGUGGAUCGACGAACUUGAAUAGUUAGUGUAGCCGUUGCAGCUCGAUUUUUUGCACUGAUUUCUUCGUAGGUGAAGUAAGAUAAUCUUCAGAAAGUUCAUCUUCAAAGACAAAGAAAAAGAAGUAGAACAAGUAAGUUAGUAUGUAACCAAUCUUAAUGAUAAUAUUCCCCGUUUAUGUUCGCUUUCGUGUUUUUCAUCUGGCCAUGCCCCGAAGGUCGACAAUCUAUUCUAAAUCUGUAGCUAACUCCAAUUCGCAAGAAAUUCUUGAUGAUUUUUCAGGUACGAGCCUAACCCGGAUUUCGACGUGAGCAUGUUGUCGCGGUAUAUUCCCAUGAGCGAAUUCCGGGCCAUCCUCGCAGACGAGAGGAUGGACGCAGAAAUGCGAAAAAUCUCGGUUAUUUUUCUUUCUAUUGCAAGCGAUCGGCUUGAUUGCAAUACCGAGGCUGGAGUCCUGAAGACACAGAUGCUCAUGACGUGCUGUCAGCGUUCCUGCUAUGCUUUGGAGGGUAGCGUAAAUAAGUUCGUUGUUGACGAUAAGGGAAUGCUUCUGCUGUGUUGCUUUGGUCUGAAGCCGCUGUCCCACUUCGGCGACGAUCCGGUCCGCGCUACUCUAGCUGCCAUGCGGAUGCUUGACACUCUUAGCGACGAAGGAUGCAAAGGACAGGUGGGCGUGUCGACGGGUGUGGUCUGGUGCGGUGUGCUGGGCACGAGCAGGCGAAAAGAAUACACGGUCCUAGGGGACGUCGUCAAUCUGUCCGCGCGAUUGAUGGGAAACGCUGGAGAAAUGGGCAUUCUGUGCGACGAGGAGACAGCCCGCUGCCUGCAGAGGAACCGGUUCGAGGUUUUGGAGCUGGACCCUGUGAAGAUGAAGGGCAAAGCAAAUCCAGUUCCCGUCUUUAAACCCACCGGACGGCUGUUCAAGGAGCGACUAGCUGUGCAGGCUACCCACGUGCGCGAACGCCGCUCCUCUCGACUUUCCCAAACAAGCGCAAACGAAUCGCUUUACGGCGCGUCGCAAAAGAACCCGAAUGCUUCUUGUGCUGACUUCUGGCUCAACUCAACACAAUACCAGCAGUUAGAAAAGGUUGUGGAAAGCCAGCUCGACCAGGGGGGCGGCGUCGUCUGCGUGACCGGCGAUCCAGGUACAGGGAAACACGAAAUCCUAGAGCCCCUGCGCCAUCUUUCCAGACACGACCCACCAUUUCUCCUCCUAGAAGGAAACGCGCUCAAUCCAACACGAUCGCAUAUGGUAAUGCAGCUUGCUUUUGUUCUAAUAUUUUUUGCUAAUGCUUAUGAUCCAGGGCUCAGGGCUACGGUACCCCCCCUAGCGUAGGGGGGGGUACCGGUAGCCCCGGACCCCUUUUGAAGGCGUCUGCCGGGGGUGGAAGGCCUCAAAAGGGGGCCAAGGGACCUCCUCCGCUCCCUUCCAGCUGCCUGGCUGUUCCCUACGGGCCUCCAACGUAGGUGGAAGGCUUCAAAAGGGGCACAAGGGACCGCCUGCGCUCCCUUCCAUCGGAGGCCUUCCACGCCCGGCGCACUGCUGCGGUGGCGAAGCAUAUAGAAGGCACGUAGGGCACCGGCAGGCAGCUGGAAGGGAGCGGAGGAGGUCCCUUGGGCCCCUUUUGGCGCCUUCCACCACUAGGAUCCGCGAAAAUCAGCGCGGAAAAAGAGCACGCGAGCCACCCUAGACCAUACCACAGGGGGAGGGUGCCGCGCAGCCCUCUACCAUAUAUUUAUCAGAUUGGGGCUAACUUCUAAAAAAACAUGAUAAACGAGGUAAAGUAAUGCGAUCGCCAUCAUGUGGCUACGAGCACAUAGUAAGUUAAAUAAGUUUAGUUUUUUCCACCUGUAGGCUGCAAGUACAAGUAGCUACGGCCACUUGUUUUUUACUCCACAUUAUUUGUGUCUACUAUGUUCUUCAAACAACAUCAAAAUACCAGCGACCUCCUCCACUCCACUCUCAUGACCACACAAAAACCAUCAGGUUUCGUUCCUUCCUUGGCAAUCGAUUUUCAACCAGCUGGGUGAAGCGAUUCGUACAGAUUUAGUGUUGAUUGAAGAAAUCAAGCAAAAAACCGGGAAAAGGUGCAACAGCAUGACCGACAUCAUCAGCGGAAUGAUCGAUGAAGAACUCGUAACAUGGCUUCCGCUACUCUCCAAAGUUAUGUGCUCUGUGGAGUUUGGUGAUACCAUUGUCAAAGCGCAGACAGACUGCGACUUGAGACACUCCGAAAGAAAUAGGUCUUUUUUACUUUUUCUUGUCGCUUAAUUUUGGGGAUAGUUGCUUUUUAGGUUAUGGCGUCGAUUCUUAAGGGGUGGAUAGCGACAGUGCAGCACAGAGUCGCUAACAGCAUUCCUUCAGAUAUAUUUCUUUUGAUGAAAAUGAUUUAGAAUGGCUGCUCUAUUUAAUAGAUUGAUAAAUUUGAUCCUUGUUGUCGUCGUCCUCAACCUCAUCGUCUAUCAAUCACGUAAUAACUUACUGACUUCUACACCAGAUUGAUGGAUGUGUGUCUGGGUAUUCUGGAUGCGUAUAGUCAGCGGCGGAAGAUCGUUCUUCUGCUGCAUCUUCAGCGUAGUGCGGCCUUCUUUGAGGACCAGGACAAGCGAACAGGAGAGUUCUCGAUCGGCCUCACGAAGUACAUUCUCGAACGCAAACGCCGCGCUAAAGUGCGCAACCACGGCGGCGGCUACGAUCCCUCGGCGCGUGCGAACCAGAGUAUCGCCGGAGACGGCAUGUUGGGCAUCGGCGGCGACAACAACCAAGGAGCUCUCGUGUUCGUGAUGUGCAGCCGCCCUUUGCAGACGAAGUGGUUCGAGUUCGUAAAGGAGAAAGCAUUCUGCAUUGGAGCACUGAUCGAAAUGACUUACUUUGAUGUGCACAAAAGCGCGGAGUACUUCAAGCAUUGCCUCACGUAUUGGACGCAGAAGGACUGCAGUGGCGCGCGCUUGAGCGAUGAGACAACGGAGUACAUCAUGGACAUGACGGUGGGAAACGCGUACCUGUUGAACAUUUUGGCUGACCACUUCGUACGCAACAACUUCGUGCAGAACAACAAGCAUGCCGCGCUUGAAGAUGAGCCGAAAAUUCUAGUGAAGCCGUCACAAAACUUGCAUGACAUUGAAGUAGACGGCAUUCUGGGAAUCGCGUUCACGCACUUCGAUCGUCUCUCGUUCGCUGAGCAGAAGGUGCUGAAGCUGUCAGCGGCGCUCGAAAUGACCACCUGGACUUGCGAGGACCUCGUGGCUGUGCAGACGUCCCACCUCCGCAAAGACCGCAUCACGGGGCUGCCGGAAGGUCCCGCCGAGGUCGACGCGUGGCAGGACAUGUAUGACCAAACGGAGGACUGCCUGCAGCGUCUGGUGAAGAAAGCCUUGUUGCGGCAAGUAGAGCGGGAUGAGCUGGAGAAGAGAGGCAUUAUGAUCAGCGAAGACGACGAGGAAUUGAACGUGGUUGCUGCGGCCGAGAACAAUAUGGGCAUGCAGGAUGGAGAGGGGCACAAAACGAUGCAGACGCGCGACGAGGCCGGUGGCAGCCUUGUACUUCCGGAUAGCUUGCGCUACGAAUUCUCGGCAAAAUUCUACCGCCUAGCGGCAGAAAAACAAGUACUUUACGCACAGCGCAUGAGUACGCAGGUGGCGCACAAGACACACAAAAGCCGCACAGCCUCAUUUCGGAAGAAACAGUCCACUUUGGCUAACGCACAGAUCAACAAUGCUAUUUCUCGAAACAUCAGCAACAUGAACGCCAUACAAGAAAGCUUAGAGGUGGGCCGUGAUACCAAAGCUACUGACCACUAAAGAUUCACAGAGCAACCGGGUUUGAAACAAAAAAUGUUAUAGAUACAACAAACAUCGAGUUGCUACUUGUAGCUUUAUUCAUGAUUCACGAGGUACUACGCAUGAUUCAGAAAAGCACGGCGAUCGCUAAUCUAAAUUUCGUAUUACAUACAUGAAUCCUUUUAAUAUUUCGCAUUACACUCCUAACACAUAAUCAAUAAGCAUAGGCCACAUGGGUUUCGAUCUAUGCCUACAAAUAUUUUCAGCAUUUUCUUGGCUCCUAGAGAACUAACAGUAUAAUUGUUGUUAAAAUAUUUCAUCCUCUUGAAAAACCCAUAUUGUCAUGCAUAGAGCAUAGUAAAGUCUGAUAAAAUCAUCGACGCUGGCAUCUACGACAUCGCCGGUAAAAGUACAGCACGAUAUCACGAAAAUGAAUCCUUUACUUUACGAAAAUCUAGCAGUAUUUUUACUAGACUUGGUGCGCACGCGUAUUAUAGCUGAAAAGUAGCUCCCGAUUUUUCUACUUUUUUCAAAAAUUAUGGUCUGUGGAUCUAAGCAGGCACAGUGAAAUUCGUACUUCGAUGAUGUUGAGACAUAGUCAUGCAGAUACAUAGACAACGAGUGUUGAAUUAAUAGCGAAAGAAGCAAGUAAAUAAUUGUCGAAGUAAGCAUCAAACUUUUUUUCUAUUCUAGAACGAAGGCCGUAGUAGCAGUGCGGGGAUCGAAGUGUAUUCUUCGUUUGUUGAUACGAAGGUGAAUUCGCUUUUUAUUAUGGUGUUUAUAUUUUUCGAUAACCAGCGACAGAAAUUAUGCGUUCGAUCAUUGGUUAAGCCACAGGCACCUCGACCUUCCCCUUCAAGCAGGAUGGAAAAUGGUUCGGCUGCUAUCCAUCGUCAGGAGCGUGCCGGUUUUCAAAAAAAUGAAUAACAGUAAGAAUUUGACGGUCCCGACGGCGCCAGCGACAGCAUUUUUUACCGCACGGAGAAUGAUGAAAUUGAAGUCAGCCUAU